UCUCGCUAGCAGAUUCAACACGUAGCGAGCGACCCGUGCGCCAAUCCUUGGCCGCUGGCAGCGCCAGGGAACGCGGCGACUCGCGCCUGACUACAGCGCGCCGUUCAAAGAAAACCUCGAGCCGGCUGGCUUCGGCGGCGCGCCUCGCACCCGGAGCCGAUUCCUCGUCGCGCUCGUCGAACGCCAGAGCACGCCGACCGCGUGCGGGUGACCGCUCCGUCGGUGACGCCGCGAAUAAAGGGACGUUGCUUGCUCGACACAAAGUUCGUCGCCUCGUGCCACCAGCUUUCGGCGCCGCUCGAGAAAGAGGCUUUGGUGAUCACGGCUCUCGUUAGGCUGCUCUGCAUGGCGUUCUGCUCCCACGUGGUUCGUGAAAAUAGGCUUCUUCCGAAAAAGUUCGAGAAGACGGGGUCGGUCCGAGCACGAACGCCGCUCCGGGCGCUGUGUGCGCGAGAGGGCGCCCUGCGGCGGCUGCUGUCUGGCUGACGGAGAUGUUCGCCUCUUCGGCCACCGAGCAGUGGCUGACAGCCCGCUGAGAUGACCAGUGCCAGCGCUUGAGCGCAGCCAGCACCCUGUUGCCCAAGAUCCUCGUGAAGCUUGCCAGCCCCGAGAAUGACGUGUGCUCUUGCAGCGACCACCUAGUGCUCGUGGCGCAGCGCGCCAUGGCCGCGGUGCGGCAGAUGUCGGUGCCGCAGGCGGGGCUGGAGGCAGAGGAGCGGGCCCGGUCGCCAUCGCGCGACGAGCGCCGCGGCUCGUCCAGCCCCCGGCGCUCGGCCGUCAUCCCGGAGAGCACGGUGGUGGUGGCCGAGCCGCUGAGCAAGAGCGCCUCGCAGCCGUCGAGCUUCAAAGUCAAGCUCACGCGCCGUGACACCUCCAACAAAAUUGUGGUGGACGCGACUGCCGUCAAACCCACCACCAGCUCCUCGGAUGGCGAGAGAGGCAAGCCGAAGCCCAACAAGGCUGCGGGAUGGAAGACCUCCAAGUUUUUCAGCAAGACGAUGUCUUCAGCCGAGCUACUACGUGGCCUGAAGAAGCUCUCGGUGAACGCCGCUACGACGAGCACCUCUGACGACCCGGACGCGAAGCCCCCUUCGGGUGGGAAGGUCAAGUUCACGAUGAAAAAGCGCAACUCGUCCAGUGACUCGGCCGUCAACAAAGACCGCUCACCAGAAGGGCUGCGCAGCGGAGAGGGGUCGAGGAAGUCUUCGCGAGAAUCUUCGGAUGGUUCUCCCAACGUGUCUCCACGAACGAGCAUCGACGAAGGAAUCGUCUGCAAGAAGGAAGACAUCCUCUCUCUCAUUCAUCACACCACAAAGAAGAAGUCGUCUAUUGGCUCCGUCGCAGUGCCGGCCGCCGGUGCCACUUCUCCCAAGAAGCUAGCACUGCGAACGACGCGUUCAGCCACCAUUGACCCCUCGGGCAUGGCCACCGAUCCUUACGAGCCGACGGCCGAGAACAUCCCCAGGAUCGUGUCGACGCCGCCAGCACCCCGCAGGGGCUCCACCACCCUUGAGCGCAGCACCAGCGAGGAGGCCAAGCCGAGCAAGUCGAAGCGCAACAGUUUGUCUGGCAAAGGCGCGCCCCAGAGGUCGCUGGAGGAUGCGCCGCCGUCCCCGGCGGAUGAGCCGAGCGUGCGCAAGUCCAAGCGGAAGCAGUCAGGCGACGCUGUUCGCGAGGUCAAGAAGGAGACUACCGAAGAGAGCGCGAAGGAGCCGCCGAAAAAAGACGAGUCACAGGUCAAGUGGGACGAGGGCAACGUUGUAGAUGCCAUGCUUCUUGGGGACGCCAUCGAAGCCUUCCUCAGGGGCUCCAUGGGCGGUACUUCGGCUACUGUGCCUGCGACGCCCAAGAGAGUUUCCUUCAAAAAGACGUGAAACGUUUUAUUUACUUCAUGUGUUGGACCUGCUAGCGUGCCAAAAGAUAACAUAUCGUUUUGAAACGCUCGGGAAUGGGACAUUUAAAUGAUCGUUGGAGUUGAGCAGGCUGCAUCCGAAAGGAACCUGGGCGUGAAUUUGAAUUUGUGUACUUUCAAUGUUAAUGUUCGCGCAGCGGAGCUACUCAGCUUUUUCUUGAAAAUGAUUCAAACUGUGCAUUUGAACUGUCACGUAUGCUUGCCAUUGUUGUUGUUGUCGUUGAUCUUUUUUUCCAUAUAGGUGUAUGGAAGCUGUGUGUUCUUACUUCAUAUAUAUAUAUAUAUAUAUAUAUAUAUAUAUAUAUAUAUAUAUAAGUGCCACGGCCACGGGUAAGGUGUGUUCGGUACAAUAUGUAAUCACAUUCAGCAGGCCAGCCAUGGUUGGGAUCGUCCCAGGUAAGUCCACCCUGCUCAGUCCUGAAAAACAAUCGAAAAAGAAUGCUACUGACCUCAGCCGUUUGUAGUCACCUUAACUGUAAAAGCUGUGGACGGAGCCCUUGCUGUUCUGUACAACCACGUAGUUCGCACACCACUCCUAUAGUAGCAACACCAGAAAAUAUUAUGCGUCAUCAUGCACUAUUUACUCUUUCUAAUUUUCUGUCGUUCUUUUCCUUUUUUCAUUAUUUUCUUCCCAGUGCCGACAAACUUGCGCAGCUGUCUGAAUCAUUUCUUUAAGCCGAUGAUGCUGUGCAGAUUUCAUCCAGUGCAACACUUCACUGUGCCUGUCACCUACACAGACAAACUUGAGGAUCCGAACGUCGUUCGUUGAAGCCUUGCAAAAUUCGUUGUUUGCUGACUUGAGUGGUCUUACUGUGAUUCCUGUCGCGUUUUGAAAACAGCGCCAACGCAACCACGCUGAAUGUAGCAGUUGGUGCGCGCUAGCGCACUCAGUUGACAGUGCCGUUCUUUGCGGUGGAAGUGUUCAGUUACUGGAAAUAUAUAAAAGCCAUGUGCGCUGGUAAAAAGACUGAAUAAAUGCUCAAAGUUGUAUUUGAUA